UUCCUUCUGCGCAUGUGCAUAUCUGCUGGUCCGGCAUCUUUCAUAAAGUUCCGGAGUGUCGGGCCGGACUCGGUGCUGGGUUUGCACUUCUGAGCAUGGAGGAACCCCUGUCAUUCAGGGAUGUGGCCGUUGAUUUCUCUCCAGAGGAGAGUGAAUGCCUGAAUCCUGCUCAGUGGAAGUUGUACAAGGAUGUGAUGUUGGAGAAUUACAGCAACCUUGUUUCCCUGGGUCUUGUUUUUUCUAAGCCAUACCUGGUCACAUUUCUAGAGCAAAGACAAGAGGCUUGGAAUGUGAAGGGACAAGCAUCAGUACCAUAUCCAGGAGCAAAAAAUUAUAAAUUUAAAGAAUGUGAUAAGACCUUUGCUUGGAAUUCACUUCUUAUUCAACAUGAUAAAAUUUCUCCUGGAGAAAAACUUUACAAAUGUGGUGAAUGUGGCAAGACCUUUAAUGUUCGCUCAACACUUUAUAAACACCAGAGAAUUCACACUGGAGAGAAACCUUACAAAUGUUUACAGUGUGGCAAAGGUUUUACCUGUUCUUCAAGCCGUAACCAACACCAUAGAAUUCAUACUGGAGAGAAACCAUUUAAAUGUUCAGUAUGUGGCAAAGCCUUUAAUAAUUCUUCAGCCCUUACUCAACACCAAAGAAUUCAUACUGGAGAGCGGCCAUACAAGUGUGAUGAAUGUGGGAAAGCCUUUAAUAAUUGCUCAGCCCGUACUCGGCACCAAAGAAUUCACACUGGAGAAAAACCCUACAGAUGUGCAUAUUGUGGCAAGGCCUUUCAUUUUCCCACAUCACUUUCUCAGCACCAGAGAAUUCAUACUGGAGAGAAACCCUACAAAUGUGAAGAAUGUGGCAAGGCUUUUAACUGUUCUUCACACCUUAAACAACACCGAAUUAUUCAUAGUGGAAAGAAACCCUAUAAAUGUGAAGAAUGUGGCAAAGCUUUUAACUGUUCUUCAACCCUUAACCAACACCAUAGAAUUCAUACUGGAGAGAAACGCUACAUAUGUGAUGAAUGUGGUAAAGCCUUCAACAAUUGUUCAGCUUUCACUCAACACCAAAGAAUUCAUAGUGGAGAAAAGCCCUACAAGUGUGAGGAAUGUGGUAAGGCCUUUUAUAAUUGCUCUGCACUUUCUCGGCACCAAAAAAUUCACACCGGAGAAAAACCCUACAAAUGUGCUGAUUGUGGCAAGGCUUUUAUUUUUCGUUCAUCACUUUCUCAACAUCAGAGAAUUCAUACUGGAGAGAAACCCUACAAAUGCAAAGAAUGUGGCAAGGCUUUUAACUGUUCUUCACACCUUAACCAACAUGGAAGAAUUCACAGUGGAGAGAAACCCUAUAAGUGUGAAGAGUGUGGCCAGGCUUUCAUUUGUUCUUCCUACCUGCAUAAACAUCAGAAAAUUCAUAGUAUUGAAAAGCUCUAUGAAUGCAAAGAAUGCGGCAAAACUUUUAGCUGUUCCUCAUACCUUAAAUAUCAUCAGAGAUUUCAUACCGGAGGGAAAUCCUACACAUGUGAAGAAUGUGGCAAAACUUUUAGGUCUUCUUCAUACCUUAGAAAUCAUCGGCGAUUUCACACAGGAGAAAAACCCUACACUUGUAAAGAAUGUGGGAAAGCCUUUGUUAAUUCUUCGAGUCUUCUUGUACAUCAAAGAAUUCACACUGGAGAAAAACCCUACAAGUGCAAAGAAUGCGGCAAGGCCUUCAGGUGCUCUUCAUACUUCAAGUAUCAUCAGAGACUUCAUACUGGAGAGAAACCUUACACAUGCAAAGAAUGCGGCAAAGCCUUUGCGAAAUCUUCAUGCCUUAUUCUACACCAAAGAAUUCAUACUGGCGAGAAGCCCUACAAAUGUGCUGAAUGUGGCCAGGCAUUUAUCUGUUCUUCAUACCUGCGGAAGCAUCAGAGAAUUCAUACUGGUGAGAAGCCCUACAAGUGUGAAGAGUGUGGCAAAGCUUUUAGUAUUUGCUCAACCUUUACACAACAUCAGAGAAUUCAUACUGGAGAGAAACCUUAUACAUGCAAGGAAUGUGACAAAGCCUUUAAUAAUCAUUCAGCUCUAAUUAAACACCAACGAAUUCAUACUGGAGAGAAACCUUACACAUGCAAAGAAUGUGGCAGAGCCUUUAAUAAUAGUUCAAGCCUUAUACGACACCAGCGGAUUCACACUGGAAGUGAAACCCUAGAAAUUCAAGUAAUGUGGUAAGGACUUUAGUAAUAAUUCAACUUAGUCAACUCCAAAAAAUUCAUACUGGCUGGAAACAGUAUAAAUGGGAUAAAAGGCAACUAGUAAGUGUUCUGCACUUAUACACUAUCAGAAAUUCUUGCAUGAGAAAAACCCUACAAGUUCAAUUAAUGUUGCAAAUCUGCUAUUCUUUGUGUCCUAACUGAUAUUAGAGAAUUUAUAGGUUGGAGAAUCCUACAAAUAUUAAUAAUGUGGCAAGGCUUUUAAAUGAUACUCACUCUUCAUCAGUGAAUUCAUAUUUUAUUGAAACUUUACAUAUCUAUUGACUUUGAAAGGAACCCUUUCCAAUAUGUGUGAACAACAUAGUCAUGCUGGAAAUAAUUAUGUAAAUAUAAAGUGUAUAGUAAGGCCUCUGCUCACAUCUCAGAUAAUGGAUGUAAGAGAAUUACUGAAGGAGAUUAAUCCUAUAAAUAUGUAGAAUAAUGUAACAAAAUUGAGGUGCAUAUUGCUUAUAAAUUAUGGGACAAUAUUUGAUGUGGUAGAAGUAAUCAGACAUCAGAAUCAUGUAUACAACUCAUCUCAAUAAGAAUAUGAAUUUGUUUAUGAAAUCAUACUUACUGUAUUCUCACUUUUGAAAACCGAAGGCAGCACACCUUUUGAUUGAUUGUAUCAGAAGGAAGACUGGUUCCUGACUGAUGUUAGUCUAUUUUUUCCAGACACCAUAAAGUAGAUAUGAAAUAGAGAUUGUGUGUGUACUUUACUUCUUUUAAUAAACAAAUAUGAGUUA